AGGAUAUUUUGGACCGGUCUAUAGCCACUCACAAUUUGCAUUUAGUUCAGCUUGCAGGAACUCAAUCCACGCAACGGAAAAUAAUGACAACGACAAGAAGAUUCCAGUUGUGGGUAACAGUCCUGUUUUCAAUAACUCUGUUGAGUUUUGAGAGAGGUAAAAAUGCUUGUGAUCCCAGUAAAUGUACAUCGAAUUGUAAACCUCUUUGGAAUUGCAGCAACGUUCAUAAUUGUUGUAACAUGGAAUGCAGCGAAAAUGAACGACAUUGCAACAACGAUACAUGUGAUCUGAUUUGUUGUGGAGACAAGUGUAAAACACAGAAAUGCGAAGAUCAGGUAAAACAGUGCACAAUGCAGCUGCUAUGUAGCGGGAAGGAUUGUAAACAGACUUGCAAGGCUAAAGAAAAAUGUCAAUUGGAAUGUUGCGGAGGCGGGUGUAAAAUACAGAAAUGCGAAGAUCAGGUAGAACAAUGCACAAUGCAUCUGCUAGGUUGCAAGAAGGAUUGUGAACAGACUUGCAAGGCUAAAAAAAAAUGUCAAUUGGAAUGUUGCGGAGGCGGGUGUAAAAUACAGAAAUGCGAAGAUCAGGUAGAACAAUGCACAAUGCAUCUGCUAGGUUGCAAGAAGGAUUGUGAACAGACUUGCAAGGCUAAAAAAAAAUGUCAAUUGGAAUGUUGCGGAGGCGGGUGUAAAAUACAGAAAUGCGGAGAUCAGGUAGAACAAUGCACAAUGCAUCUGCCAGUUUGCGAGAAGGAUUGUGAACAGACUUGCAAGGCUAAAAAAGAAUGUAAAUUGAAAUGUAGCGGAGGCAGGUGUAAAAUACAGAAAUGCGAAGAUCAGGUAGAAAAAUGCACAAUGCGUCUGGGAUGUAGCAGUAAUUAUUGUGAACAAAUUUGCAAGGCCAAAACAUGUGAUAUGGAAUGUAGCGGAGGCAGAUGUACAAAGCAGCUAUGCGAAAAGGGAAAUGCGUGCAAUAUGCACUGUGACGCUGAUUAUUGUUCACAGAGGUGCACAGCUGACGAAUGCCGCAUGACUAGAACCUGGCCAAUCAGUUCUCGGGAUAAGCUUGUGUGCUCUGGAAAUGGUAUUUGCUGUGGAAGUCUCAUGUCGUCCUAUAACACACCGCCUCUCAGUACGAUAAUCUAUGAAACUUGUACGAGCCAAGGAACGUGCACAUGCACCAAGUAUGCAAAUAGUAUCUACAGCACUUCAAAUUUAUACACGUCUAAUAUCGUUAUGUGUAACGGUAUUCUUCCUUUUGCAACUAAACCUUCAGCAGGGAAAGGAACUGAGACUUACGCUCCACGCCAAUCAUCGACGCAACCACCGCUAUCAAUAAUCUCACCAUCACCAUUUCCAUCACCAUCAUCGCAAUCAUCAUCAGCAACUGUAUUACUAGCAGAAGCAUCUUCAUCACCCACAUUAAAGUCUUUAUUAUUAUCAAAUCUAGCAACAGCAAUAUCAGAAGGAGCAUCAUCGGCAACUGCAUCAUCAGUAUCAUCACCAUCAUUAUCUUCACCAGCAGCAUCAACAUCAUCACCAGUAGUGGAAGCAACAUCAUCGGCAACUGCAUCAUCACUAUCAUCAACAUCAUUGUCGUCACCAGCAGCAUCAGCAUCAGCGUUAUCACCAAUAGCAGAGGCAGUAUCAUCGGCAACUGCAUCAUCAUUAUCAUCCUCAUCAUUANUACAGACAUGGCAAUAA